AAAAAGCAAGUGAGUCAGACAAAGAUCCGGGUGAUCUCUACCAUCCUCUUCAUCCUGGCAGGCUGCAUUGUCUUUGUGACCAUUCCUGCGGUUAUCUUCAAACACAUCGAGGGAUGGACAGCCUUGGAGUCCAUCUACUUUGUGGUUGUCACUCUGACUACUGUUGGCUUUGGUGACUUUGUAGCAGGAGGAAAUGCUGACAUCCAUUACCGGGAGUGGUAUAAGCCCUUAGUGUGGUUCUGGAUCCUUGUUGGCCUCGCCUAUUUUGCUGCUGUCCUGAGUAUGAUUGGAGACUGGUUAAGAGUCCUGUCCGAGAAGACAAAAGAAGAGGUUGGAGAAAUAAAAGCCCAUGCAGCAGAGUGGAAAGCAAAUGUGACGGCUGAGUUCAGAGAGACACGGAGGCGGCUCAGCGUGGAGAUCCACGACAAACUUCAGCGGGCAGCCACCAUCCGGAGCAUGGAGCGCAGGCGUCUGGGCCUGGACCAGCGAGCCCACUCCUUAGACAUGCUCUCUCCAGAGAAGCGCUCUGUCUUUACUGCCUUGGAAACGGGACGCUUCAAGGCCUCAUCUCAGGAAAGCAUCAACAACAGGCCUAAUAACCUGCGCCUUAAAGGGUCAGAUCAGCUCAACAAGCACGGGCAGGGAGCAUCCGAGGACAACAUCAUUAACAAAUUUGGAUCAUCUGCUAAGAUGACCAAAAGGAAAAACAAAGACCUCAAAAAGACCAUCCCUGAGGAUGUGCGUAAAAUUUACGAGACCUUCCGAAACUACUCCUUGGAUGAAGAAAAAAAGGAAGAGGAGACAGAGAAGAUGUGUAAUUCUGAGAACACUUCUAGCACUGCAGUCUUGACCAACUGCAUCCAGCAGCACUCAGACCUGGAGAACGGAGUGAUCCCCAGUGAAACCAAAGAAAGGGAACAUGGAAACAAAGCGUUACUUGAAGACAGAAAUUAAAUGUAAAAGAUGCUUGACUUGAAUUAACAAUGUUAGUGUUUUAUAUACAUAUAUAUAUUGAGACACGUGCCUUAAACAGACUCCUUAUUCAGUCUGAAUUAUAUAGCAUUGAAGAAUAUUUCACUGUGCCAUGAAGACUCAAGCUUGCUCUGCCAAAACAAAUCAGGAACACAGCACUGCAGAAUGGCAACAGAAAGCUACGCACAUGGAAAUUUCAGCCUGUAUAAGAUUCCCAGGGCGAGACACAAAGGAAGAGCUUGAACCAUGGCUGUAUCACCAGUGCAUGGUAUAAUAUUAGACAAAGGGCAGCGAUGUAAGAAGAGCCUUUGAAAGGGAUGAAGAAGAGUGUACCUUUGUAAUGGAGUAUGCCUCCAUAAAGCCUUCCCCUGGUGAUUAAAAAGAGGAGAAAUUAUUGGAAUGAACCAGAAACUUUCAGUAAGGCUUAGUUUA